GCCCAGGAUUGGGGACCGCCAGGGAGACCCACGACCCAACAGCGAAGGGAAGGGGUAGGGACUAUCUUCCAGCGCGGACGCGCACGCGGGUGGGCGUCGUCACCGUGACGCCAGCGGGAAGGACCGUGAGAUGGAAAGACAAGGCCGAGCGGCGGUAGCCAAUCGGAAGGCGCGCUGGCCGGAUUGGCGGGGCCGCCGGCCAUUCGCGCCAAGUCCCCGCCCCCUCCCGGCCCCAGCGAGGAAAGAGGCGGGACUCUGCGAGCGCGAGAGGCCGCGAGAAGCGGUCCAGAGGUACCCCCACCGGAAGAAGAGACGGGGGUCCUGGGCAGAGGGCUGCUCAGCCUCCGAAAACCACAGACCCUGCUGAAGGGGAAUAAUAACAAUUGCUUAGGAAAACAGCACCACCUUUCAUGCGUUCCUGCGUCCCCUGUGUCCCAACGAGGCCACCAUCCCCCUGGCCCUCGGGGCUCGGCCUUGUUCAGGAGCCUGCCAGGCACACUCCCUGAUCCGUGCCCUAGUGCUUGCUGGGCCCUCCGCCUGGAAUGCCCUUCCACCCCCACCUGGAGCUUGUGCAUUUCCCCGGCUCAGUGCCAGAUGCCAGCCUGCCCCAGAUGUGGGGCUGAAUGGAAGAAGGGGGGGUGGGUCCUGGGCAGAGGGCUGAGGGGAGAAGACCCCAAGGAGAGGCAGCGGGCUCAGGGGGCUCCUGAUACAGCCAAAGCCCCUUCUGCUGCACCUGAAGCAGGCCAACCCUCGCCCAGAGAAGCCCCCGUGUGUGGCAGGCUUAGGGAGGGAGGUGGGGGCCUGGAGGUCUGUGUUGGAGCCCCUUAUCCCUCCAGCCUCACUGUGACCUUGGGCAAAGUCUUGCCCCUCUCUGGGCCUCAGUUUCUCCAUCAGGAACAUGGAAGGGCACAGUCCUGGGCACAAAGUAGGUGCUCAACAGCUGCUGCCUGCAUCCCCCCCACCUCUCCCCACCAACAGGCCUGGGUCCCUGGAGGGAAGGCUCCCUCAGCCCCCGGUCCUUCUCCGUGGCCCGACCCUGACCCCACAGGUCAGUGCCUGCUUUGGCUUCCCCCAGCCCUGGGGGGAUUUCUCAAGGACCAGGCUGGGGCUGAGACCUCCUGGGGUGGCCAGCACCCCUGCCCACCAAUGGUCAGGGUCUAAACUACAGAAUCAAGUCAGUGUUCUGGGGUGGCCCUCAGCACACCCAUCGGAGGGAGGAAAAGAUGCAUUCGUGGACCAUGCAAAUACUGGGCAUCAACUGGGUGCCAAGUUUAGAGCUGGGCAUGGGGCAUAGUCCUGCCCUCCCAAUGUGGCUCUUUCCAUCCACCUAUUUGGCUGGCCUGUCCUCAAGCCUGAGUGAUGACACCCAGAAGAUAGAUGAGAAAACUGAGGCUCAGAAAGCUCCUCACGGGGGCUCACACCUGCCAGGAGGCCCUCCCUGCACCCACAGGCCACCAUUGUCCUCCCUGGGGAGGCCUGGCGUGGGGCUGAGUCACGGGGCGGAGCAGCCCGUCGGGGCCCCCACUGGCCACCUCCUCUGCCCAGCCCCAGGCCUGGGCGCACCCCGCAAGGCCCCGGCAUGGGGGCAGGCAGCCAGUGGCUGGUGCCUGGGGGCCCCUCCAGGGCAGCCCAUGGCCCACCCACCCCACCCGCCUGACUGUGGCCUUUGUUCUCCUCUGGGUCCGCCUGCCACGGGGCUGGGCAAGCAGGAGCCAGAGGCCUGCCUCCCCACCUGCUGCUUGCUCCUUCCACCCAAGCCACACCUACUGUGUGCCGCCAGCCUAGUACUUCAGGGCCACACACAUGACACCCAUCUUCAUGUGUCUCACGCCUUCUCUGAGGGUGCGAACAGGCCCCCCACCUUCCGGCUCCUCCCUGACAGGAGGGAGAGGCCUAAUCACCUGAGCCAGACCCCCACGCCAACCAUAUUUCAGGCACAUGGAGCUGGGGGGCCUCUCGGUCCAUUCAGGCCCCCCACGGACCUGAACUCGUUCAUCGGGACCAUGCCCCCCGCCCCCGCAGCCUUGGCGGGUCACUCUUCCUGGCUGCCAGAAGGGAGGUUUCUAUGGAGCCAGCUGGUCGUCCUGGGGCUGGGGUCUCCCUUGGAAGGGGGGCUCGUCGCCCUCCACAGGAGCUGAAGCAGCCUUACCGCUGGUCACCCCCCAGGCCUGACCUCUCGGCUCUUGCAGUUGUAAGGCAAGGA